UGGUAAUCCGUGAUUCGUGCACUUAAAUGUAAGUAGUUUUAAGUAAAUAUUGUAAAGAAUUAUGUUAAUAAAUUGAUCAAUAUACAGCAUUGAAGCUGCUCAACAGAAGCUGCUGUUUGACUAUUGUUUGCAGUUCUCGUGAAGCCAGGAUUGUUCGAGACAAAAUAGUGGAGAAUGCCGUCGAAGACUGCAGCAGACUGUGGAACUAUUCUUACGUACGAAUGGGAGAGAAAAACACCAACACACGACAAAACGGCAGUUCGAAUAAAAACAAAUAUGAUGCAGACAACGAAUUUGCAAGUGAAAAGUGCAACGUAUUUUGAUAUUUUCUUCAUACGCGUGGUGAUUUCGAUCAAUUUAAUACUUCUUUCAAUAAACAGACUAAGGACGACUAAAAAAUCCGCUAUUCGUUUAUAUGCAUAUAAGUUAAAUUGUUGUGCAAUGCGGAAAAGCACGCCUUUCCGGAGGAAAUUUACAGCGCUCGACAUUGAUCUUUGCCAUUUUGUUUGCUUGGUUGCCCCUGUCAACCGGAAUGUAAAAAAACCUCUUUCAUCGAACCAAACCAAACCAAUUCCGAAACUCGCACAAUGCCUCUUCCUUGGCCGCCCAGCCACACCGUUUAUCAAACGCGUCAGAAGCGAGUACCAAAUUAAGUCUCGCUGCCCCCUUCGGCGGUCUCAAGUAAUGAAGAUUCGGGCUGACGCAAUUUAUCUCAGGCACGUAGUAAAUGAUUCUAUCUCUACGGCAAAGUCUGCUUCAAACGGACCAACGCCGGUCUCCAUUUCAGUGAUUUUUCUUCACUGCGACGUUUCUUUGAAUUUGCCGGAUAUGCGAGAGCCAGUCAAGAAUUGA